GUUUUUACGUUGUGAUCCCUUUACAAAGGAUCACAUAAACAUAAAACGUCGAAAUAACUUAAAGGGUACCAUCUUAUAUUUGAGUGUUUUAACAUUAUACGGUAUAUAUAUUAAGCAACAUCAUAAUUUAUUGAAGUAGAAAAAAUGGCAAUGGCACAGUCAAGUAGAAAUCCAUAUCCCUUUCCAAAGCUCCAAAACGAUGACGACUUCCAGGGAAGGAGAGAACCUGAGGUAAGACUAUUUUUUAUAUAGUAUAUAAUUUAUUUAUUAAUAUUCAUACUAUGACUAUACUAUACUACUAUAGUAAAUAAUACUAAGUAACUAUAUGGCUGCAGAUAUUCGGAUCCAGUAUCAGAAGUGAGAGGUUGGGUUUAUUAAAAAAAUAUUUAAAAUAUUUGGAUUAUGACUAUGGCUAUGGCUAUGGUCAUGGUAAGUUUUGAGUUAACGGUAUGGGUUUUGCCAAGAGUUUUCUCACCCUAAGCGCAGUGAUGUCAUAUUGGGGAAUCCCAACACUGGACUAGGGUGAAUAGAUCUAUUCUUUGAAGGACCCGAACCAUGUGUCACAUAACAUCUUGUUCUUUAUUGAGCACUACUUGCCUCAUAAACGAUUCGGUUAAUAUGAAUUAUAUUAAAAUGAAAUUUUCCAUUAAUUUGUAUUAAAAUUAAACUUACACGUUUCAAAAGAAAGGAAAAAAGAAACACAUCCUUGCUGAUACCCCAAGAACCAACACUGGUGAAAAAAAAAAGACGCCCGCCAAAAUUGCUGUAACUAAUAGUUGAAUCAAAAUACCGGUAUGUUGAAACUUGGGUAAAAAAGGAAGACUAUUAAUUAUUAAAUUGCAUAUUUGGAAUGAUCUUCUAGGAACUGCGGGGGAGACCCCUCCCCGUGAUUUAAAUACCAAAAUAAGAAACAUAGAAACUCUCUAGGGAGAGGAGACCCCUCUCCAGUACCCCUCCCCAAUUUAACAAAAAAUUUAAAAUAAGAAAACAAAAACGUGCAUUAUCUAAAUACAAACAUUGAAAUCUUUUUAGUAUGGUACUGUAGAUGGCGCUGUAGACAGAAAUGAACCUGGGGGAACCUCUGUGACCUAUAUAACGUAGAACACAUCAUCGGCCUUACCGCUAACUCAAAACCAGCCAAUAUUAUUGUAGUUUUAAUUUGAUAGUAGGGAUUGUACAACAAAAUUUGAUAUCAGAUUAAAGACAAUUGAAUGGACUAUAUGUUUGUAAAUUUAAUUAUUCAGUUUAACUAAAAUAAACUGCAACAAAUGACAUCCGAAUAGCAUUUAGUCUAAAGGGAACCGGGUCCGAAUAGCGGCGAUGCUUUUUUAGUUAUACAUUAUCAGAAAAUCAUCAGAAAACAAAGAAUUCUUUUAUUUAAAGAAGAAUAUCGCAACCGUAUUUUACGUCUAAAACAGACUUGAGUGUCUUUUUUUAAAAUUGUUAACAAUAAAAAUACGCACCCACUUACUUUUGGCAAUGUAAAAACAAAAACUUAUUUUCAUUUUUUUAAAGAAAAUAUUAACCCAUCUACAUUUUUCAAAAUUAAAUUUUCAAGUGUGCAAAAUAAUUUGGUUUUGAUAUUCAUGGGCAUACUUAAAUAAAUGUACCCACGUUUUGUUAACGCCAUUGAUUUUCAUAGUUGGUAAACAUAUGUUUAUAUGUAAAAAGAGACUGUAACAUCUCUAUUUUCACAACUGUCAAUCCAUAGUAUUUAAAUAUAUUAACAUCCAUGUAAAAAUGCACACUUCCUAUUUCCUACCCCCGACAUGUAUGUACCAAAGAGGGUUAAUUAUUUAUCAAAUCCAUUCCUUUAUUUUGAGACGUAGCUUGUGCUGCCUUGGGCAAAAUGACCUACCCCCUCCCCCCACCAAUUGAAAUAAAAUUAAUACAAUCUUCCACUGGAUUGUAGUCCCUUCCAUACCCAAACCAACAUAUUUUGCACUUCAUAUGGGUUGUUCUUAUUUGGAUGAGUUAUAAGUGGAUUAGUGAAUGCUAUUUGGCUAUGAAGUUUCGCUGCACUGAUUGACUUAAACUGCAUUUUCUUAUUAGAAGUAUAUUUAAAGGUUUAGAUUUUAUUACUUUAUAAAUUUAAUAAAAGUAUAUUUUUGGAAUUAAAAAAAGUAAAAACUUACUAAAUGUUACAUAUACAAAGCUACAAUGUUUGUGUGUUUAUUAACAUUUAAAAAGCAAUAAAUUAUAUUUACUAAUUUAACUUUUAAGAAGAGCGAAAUACAUUAUCAAUUUUGUAACGCCCAAUUAUUAAAUCAAAGAAACUUAAGAGUUUUGGCUAACUUAGAACAAAUUAAUUUUAAUUUUAUUUCGCAAUAUUAACAAUGCACUAAAAAAUGCACUAAAAACAACUGAGGUUUGGUUUUUCCAGAUAAAUGUUAUUAUGAUGUAAUUCUUAGACAAUAAUUUUGUUUAUUAAUUUUUUUUCACAACUUUUACAUUCGGAUAAAAUGCUUAAAAUAGUUCCUUAAUACUUUUACAAAAAUAAAAGCGCAUUUAAGUUAUUUUUUUGCAUUUAAAUUUAUUUGAUUUCCUUAAAAUGAUAGAAAAUAACUAAGAUUGUUUUUAAGAAUCCAAACGUAUUUAAAUCUUUUCGGUUCUUUGGUGUUACGGUCAGUAUAGCUCAUUCUUAUAUAUAUAGGACUAUUAAUUAAUAAUAAAUAUUAUUUAAUUAAAUAGAUAAGAUAGAGCCUAUGAUAUGGGGUGAAUAUGUUUGUUGUGGGCUAUGCAUGAUACAGACCUACUAUUCUAAUAUGUUUAAUACUUUAACAGACUAUUUGCUACCCAGUGCCAACUCAUUUAGCCCAAAGGCAAUUGCCAUGGUUACGGAUAAGUGGUCAACAUACCCUUUCCUCGGCAAGACAUGAGGCUUACCACUUUGACCCGUUUGCUCCUAAUGAUGAUCUUGAUUUUGUUCUGAAAUCAACAUACAAUCAUCAUGAAGGUCUACUAAAGGACAAAAAUGAGGUUGUUUUUCAACAUGAAACCUUUAGUGAUGACCAUGGGUAAGAUUUUAAAAAUUAUAAAACAAUUAUAUUUCUGAACAAUACUUUUUUUUUUAAAUGUGUUGUCCAUUGCACUUAUUUGUCAGGACAUGCAGAAGGGUCCUGCAUUAAUGAGGUCAGGAAAUUUAAUUUAUUAUAAAACUACCAUCAUAUUAUGGCAUGGUUAGAGUUAGGGCAGUCAGAGCACUUCCCUUUCUAUACCUCAUAUUUUUAAGAAAUAUAUGUCCCUAAACAUUCUAGAGGAGAUAAAUAAACUUUAAAUUAUUAAUACCAGUAUUCAUACUUUUAUGUAGGCUUAGGCUUAGGCCUAGUUAAUAAAAUAGUGUGUUUGGUCCAACUAUACUUAAGCUUUCAAAGUACUGAGUGUAAAAAGUUGAAAAACAAAAAAAUUUCACUUCCUCCUUAAUUAUUCUCUAAUGCAUGUAAUUUGAUCAGAUAAAAUAUUUUAUACAUAUCUAAAUCAGAUAAAAUAUUUUAUCCAUAUCUAACAUAAAAUUAUAUUUCUAUGCAGUCUCUUUUCAUAUUAAAAUCUAUUUUAUAGAUUUAAAAUAUUAAUUAAAAUGCCUUAUAGUUAUAGUACUUAUACUUAAAAUGAAAAGAUAAAUUCAAUAUUUGUUGUUUUUACUUUUAUAACAGCUAAAUAAAUGGGUUCCCGGAAUUUUUUUUGAAAGAAAUUUCAUCGGUGGAAAAUUGAUCGAUGGAAAUUUGAUCGAACGGAAAUUUGGUUGAAUCUUUUUUUCAGUUCACAUGUUAAAAUUUUCGUCAAAUUUCUUUUUGAACGCACUAUACUAUAUUGUAAAACAAAAUAAUGCAUUCAAAAAGAAAUUCAACGCCAAAUUUUAACAUGUGAACUGAAACAAAGAUUAGACAAAAUUUCCAUUCUAUCAAAUUUCCGUGUAUCAAUUUUCCGUUGAAGAAAUUUUUUUCAAACAAAUUUCCGGAUACGAAAUAAGUGUACAUGUACUAAAUAUUGCUUAAAACUUGGACAAUCAAUUGUUCUGGGUUUACUUCUGUCUAACUUUUCCAAUAGUCGAGUACUAAAGAACAGAGUAAAGCCUUUACCUGAGAAGAAAAUGCCAUUGAAUCAUCCUCUCAUUAUAAGUGGGCAAACCAAAAAGGAAAACAUUAACAGUGUAAAGACAGCUAUAGGUGAGUAACAUUUUAUUGUUUAUACUUUGCAGGUCAUUCUUAUAUGUUGACUUAAGCAGUUUAAAAUUCUUAAUUUGUAGUUUUUAAGUGCAACAGAACUGCUAUUGUUAAAAGUUUAAGUAUAUCAUAGUUAUGAAUGUUUAAUUUCAAUUUCACUGAUAAUAGUGAAAGAUCUUAAAAGAUUUAUUCAUUUCUUGUUUCGACAUUUGAAAUUAAAAAAUAUUUCAUUACUUUUUAAAAAAAUAUUAGGCUUAUCAUUGGCCUUUUUUAUCUUAGUAAAAUUCUGUAGAUAAUAGAAUUUUAAAAAACUUCCUUGUCUGUUAAUGAACUCAAAUUAAUUAAUGUUACAGUUUGUUUUUCUUUAUUGUAAUUAUUGUGUUAUGUUUUUUUAAACUUCAAUUAUUUUUUUUUUCAUUUUAUUGCUGUUGAAAACAGAGAGCCAUCACAUUGAGACAACCAACAAAGGAUAUUCGCGAAAACCAGAUGGAGGAUUUUUCUGUUCUUAACUGUUCAAUUUGAAUGUGUGAUAUUUAAUUUAAUGUCCAUUUAAUGCUAUUUCACAGUUAGGAAAAUUUAUGUCUUUUUUAAUUUUCAGUAGUCUGUCAUCAGGCUUCAUAGACCAUGAUUAUUUUUAGUUUAAUUAUGCAUGUUUUUGUUAUAAAAAUUUCAAUCACCCGACAGAUGUACAAUAAAAUUUAAACCUGAUUUAGUCUUUCUAUUUGCAGUUUACAGAAUGAUGUACACUUUAUGUUUCUGUUAAGAAUGUAUCUUUAGAAUAAUUUAUUUAUAUAAUUUGAAGUUGAUUUGAAUUUUCUUUAAUAGACUUCAAUUUAUGGCUAUCAUUUGCAAGUUCAGUAUUACCCUAAUCUAAGCAUUAGUCUGCACAAAAUACUUUCAGAAAAAAACUAUCAUAUGCCCUCUUAAAAUGUUGAUGAUUUAGCCACUUUAGCAUUAAUACUUCUUAAUUAAAUAUUAAUAUAUACCUAUGUUUCAAAUGCAAUUAUCCUUAAUAUUUAUGUAAUUAUUUUAAAAAGUGCAUGUAACUUAAAUUUGUUAGGAACAAGAACACCCUUUAUGGUAUAUUGUAUUUUUACUUCUUUCAGCAUUUUGGGUUGUUAAAAUUUGGUGUAUUUAUAAAAGAUGUCCUGAUAUUAGAAAGUGGAAAAAAGUAUUUUAAUCAAAUACAUUAUUAUACAUUUGUGGAAUUUGAAAUUAUGCCUUAAUUAAUAUUCAUGCAAUUGUUCUCCGUUCAUAGGACGUAGGCACUUGAAUGCAACCCGAAACGGUUACAGCAGAAAGAAAGAAAUUGGUGGAUUCUUCUUGCCCUAAAUUGGUAUAAAAAUCAAUGAAUACACAAUCAACAUCAAAUUAGUCAAAUGUCUAUACUAAUUUUGUCAGAAAGUAUCCUGAGGCUUUCCAAAAGAAAUCAUUUUAAUCAUAAAGGCAUUUAUUAUAUUAUAUAAACUUAAGAUUAGACUAUAAAUAAUGCCACCAGUCAGCAAAUUUAAUGACUGCCUCUGCUGUAGUUUGAAAUAAAAUAAACAAGUAGACC